UCAUAGAUAAGCAUCAACAAUUCAACCUUCAACAACACUUUACUCUUUUCUCUUUCUUUCUCCAUCAUUUCUUUAUCCUUAUCUUGUUCUCCACCACACCAACCACACCAAUGGAAACACUCUCUGCAACAAGAACAACCUCCUCCUCUCUGAAUCCCAACGCUCCGAUGUUCGUUCCACUGGCCUAUCGCACGGUGGAAGAUUUCUCCAACGACUGGUGGGUCCUAGUUCAAUCCUCCCCUUGGUUCCGCGAUUACUGGCUCCGCGAACGCUUCCAAGAUCCACAGAACCAAAACGAUGUGUUUUCGGAUUUUGAUAUCGAUAUGGAUGAAGACGAUCUUUUCCAUGUUCAUCAAAUCGAACACCAACACGAAGAUGGGAAGGAGUUGGUUUCUUUGGGAUCGUUGAAAUGGAGAGGCAAUGGUGGGUGGGCUGAAGCUCCGAAGUAUGCGGAGAAGGCUCCGAAGAAUUUUAAGCCCAGAGUGAGCCCACGGGCUAUUCAUCAGCCCAGGUAGAUUUGUGGCAAGUGGAAAGGAUGCUUGUGUUGUAAAUAAAAAACAAGAGUCUAGAGUCGCUUGAGGCUAUGAAAAUAAGUAGAUGUAUGAUUUCAGAGUUUUCUUGUAAUGUAAUUUCUCGUUUUCAUUUUGUUUGUUGGCUAAUUCAGUUGUUGUAGUUUCAGUGUAUUACAAAUUCAAAAAAUAGAAUAAACAAUUUCUUUCUUA